CUCUGGUGGACUCUGGAGGACUCUGAGUGAAAUGCUGUGCUAGUUUACACACUUUUCUUCGACAUGGAGCCUCCGGACUUUGAAUCCAUGAACUUCACGGUGGAGCCGGCGGAGGCAGCAUACCCGCGCUGUGAGGAGUGGAGGGACUCCUCGGAGGGCUCCGUCUUCCACCUCGCUCACAUCUUCCUCUUCCUCGGCUUCAUGGGCGGCAGCGGCUUCUAUGGCCUCAUCUACCUGUUCAGCUUCCUCACGCUGGGCUUCUUCUGCUGCACGCUGUGGGCGUGGACCGACGCGUGCACCACCGACUCGUUCCUUUGGAGUUUCGCGCUCUUCGGUGUGUGUUUGGGGCAGGUGCUGCACGUUGCCUACCUCAGGAGCGUCUCCUUCGAGAAAGAGUUCCAGGAGCUCUACAACUGCAUGUUCAAGAAGCUCGGGGUGUCGCUGACACAAUUUGGGAAGAUAGUGGCCUGCUGUGACGGAGACAUCCACACCUUAGAGAAGGACCACUGCUUCGCCGUGGAGGGAAAAACUGCCAUCGACAAGCUGUCCGUGCUGCUGUCCGGCAGAAUCCGUGUGACAGUGAACGGAGAGUUUCUGCACUACAUCUACCCGUUCCAGUUUCUGGACUCACCUGAGUGGGACUCUCUCAGACCAUCAGAGGAGGGGGUCUUCCAGGUGACCCUGCAUGCAGAUAACCCCUGCAGAUAUGUGGCGUGGAGGAGGAAGAAACUCUAUCUGCUUUUUGCAAAGCAUCGUUACAUAGCUAAGAUCUUUGCCCUGGUCGUGCGCAACGACAUUGCAGAGAAGUUGUUCUCCCUUAAUGACAAGGCUUCCAACAAGGCAGGGCACCGUUUCGAUCUCCGCUUACCAAGUUACUGCCACAUGCCGGGGACUGAAUUAGAAAAGGCAGAUGGCUUCCUGCAAGUGCCAGUGCAGGGGACAAGGACUGCCUGAGUGUACACACACACACACACACACACACACACACACACACACACACAGCUCCAAGCCAUAAACACUUAACUGACUCCUUGCAUGACGGAAUAUGUGUCAGUUGGGUGUGGCAUGGUGUAGUAUUAUCUGUUCCAUGUGUGGUAAGUGAGUUUCAAGUGAUGUUAUCUUAAAUCUGCUUGCGUUGUCAUUUGAUCUCAACAUGUAGAUUUGGUAGGUGCAGUUGUCAACAAACAUGGUGUCAGGUCAAGAGGAUACUCUCUGGGGACUAGACCAGGGUCAUGUGACUGAUAGACAGCCUGGGACAUCUGUGGGCUACUGUUUUGUAGCCUUACCAACUAGGCUGAUGUUAUUCAUACUGUUUGAACGUAGCUUUUUGUCAUGUACUUUGAGAUAGAAGCCUUUUAACUAGGGAUGUCCCGAUCCAAUCUUAAACAUCGGACUCAGGGCUGAUCAAGGCAUUUUUUGACUGAUCCAAAUCGGCUAUAUUUAGCUCAUAAAGUUAUCUGAUCCUUUGUUUUAUGUCGACUAUCACGCAGGUGUUUUAAUUUAAUGCAACAACACGGAGCAAACACACCAUGAAUUAAACACAGUGUGAGAUUGUUUAUUUACAUUAGCUACCCAAGUUCUGAGCACUUGUUUUAUUUCAGCUCAGUUUGAGACUUUUGUAUUUUGCCUUUGGUUAUAGCACACUGUGUUUCUGCGCCCUGCUCAGAGUAGUGAGGAGGAGAAGAGGAGAGGAAAGCAAUGCAGAGCUUACUACAACCUCACUCACCACUGCAAGGACAAUUAAAGCUGCGCAAGCAAAAAUCCAACAUGGUUUACGUAUUAAUGAAUC